UUACCUGCAUAAUUUGGCCAGCUUGACUGAAUUGUGAUGCUCGGAGCAGAGCGAUCUACUCUGUCUGAAGUAGCCAAGAUGACCGCGGCGAGUCAAGCAGAGCGGACCGUGCUGGAGGAAGAAUUCAACUGGCUGCUGAAGGAAGAGGUGCAUGCGGUGCUGAAACAGCUGCAGGACAUUUUAAAGGAGGCAUCAAGGCGUUUUUCCAUGCCGUCACCGGGUCUGGAGGGACAGCUGAAGCAAGAAAACUUCAUUCUAGGCAGCUCAACGAUGGACCAGGUUAAAGGGGUUUUGACUCUACAAGGAGAAGCUCUUACUCAAGCUGAUAUUAAUAUCAAAGUUGCUAAAAGUAGUCAAGUCAUGCAUUUUGCAUUCCGGGAUGAUAAACAGUGGAAAUUACAGCAGAUCCAGGAUGCCCGAAAUCAUGUGAAUCAGGCCUUGCAGUUGCUCAGCAGCCGUGACGACAGCUAUCACUUCAAAACUGGGGCUGAAGUCAAUAAGCUUAUGGACGCAAUAAUGCUUCAGUUGACUCGAGCCCGUAACAGACUCACCACCCCGGCCAGCAUGACUCUUCCUGAGCUUGCAGCAAGUGGCCUCAUGAAAAUGUUUACACCUCCAAUGCCGGGUGACGUAAUGGUGAACUUCUACAUCAAUCUCAGUAAACUGUGUUUGACGGUGUAUCAACUACACGUGCUGCAGCCUAACACUACUAAGAACUUCAAACCGGCAGGAAGUUCAGUGCUGCAUAAUCCAGGAGCAAUGUUUGAACACAACAACACCAAGUUCGAGGUGAGCCACGUGCACAAGGUGGAGUGUGUGGUGCCGUGGCUGAACGACACGCUGGUGUUUUUCACCAUUUCUCUGCAGCUCUGCCAGCAGCUCAAAGAUAAGAUUUCUGUCUUCUCUAGUUUCUGGAACUACAGACCAUUUUAAGCUACAUCUGACCAAAACUCUACAUUGAAUGAUCAUUUAAAAAAGCUAAAUAAUUAAAUUAUUAUGCUCUAGAAUUUACUAAGAACAAAAAAAAACUAUUGUGAACAAGCUCCGUGAAGUAAUCCGUUGUGAUUUUUACUAUAUGACCAUGUAUGAAUCUAGUGUGCUUCUCGUUCAGUAUGAGGUAGCGAGUGCUGUCUAUGUAGUCCGUAUGGAAUCAUUUGAAACUCUUUUCGGAUGAAGCCAUUCGGCGAUGUGGUUUUGUGUUCAUGCAGUAUUUGUCAUGGUCAGUGUUGAUUUUAUUUGUCAGUAAUCUUGCCUAUAUUGUGUUUACUCAUCCAUGUUUAGGUUUAGAAAGGAAACGCUACUAAAACACAAUGCUUACCUAUUUAUAUAUUGUCACAACGGCUGUGAAAUAUUCCAGUUGGUUUGUCGAGGGAGCUCUUUGAACUGUUUACCAGUGUUUUUAGCUGAGAAAGUUUAACACUUGAACAUUAUUCCUCUAAAACCAGGGACUGUCAUCAGUGCAGCACGGUAAAAGCAUUAAGACCAUUUUUCAUAUGCGCAUUAAUAACCAACAGUGUAUUUUUUUGCCACUGCAACUCAUCUGUGGUAUCAUUUUAGUAACUCUAAAUGACAAUGAAUGAUGUCAGGGCUUCAUCGUCCAUCAUUCCAUUUCAAAGCAAACACAUUCCUACUGAUGGCUGAUUGGAGAUCAGAGUUCAGCAUUUCUAAUAGCCAUCAUUCUAUGAUUAAAAAAAGGAAUAUCAUGUUGAUCAACAGUUUGUGGUCAUUUACAGAAAGGGUUUCUCUGGUAGCUCAUUUACUUUGUCAGACUUGAUAUAUUUAUUGCUAUAUUUUUAUUUAUUUCUUGUUAAAUGCACUUAAUUCGUGUCCUGAUUUCAUGCGUGUUCAUUUUGAACAUUUGAUUUGUGUUUACAUAAAUUCUAAGCUAUUUUCAUGUGUAUAUCAUGCUUGAUAUGGAAUAUUUUGUGCAAUAAACAUACUUUAUGAACACUA